CGGAUCUGCCCGGAUCGAUCCUCUUAGCCGACGCCGGGAGACCAACCUAUCGACCUCGCGCCCAAAAGCACAUCGAGGGCGGAGCGCCGCGACCAAGAUCUGUGGCUUACGCCAUUGCAAGCACCUUUGCAGACCUCAACCAAGUCGUCCGCUCGGUGAGGCUGCUCAGGAUUCAGGAGUUUAGCUCGACCAGGGGCGGCGAGUCUGGCUUCCAAGCCAAAUGGGAUGUCGAUGGUGUACAAGGAGGAAUCACUACCAGUACCAACCAUCCCAGCUGAAGAAGCGAUCGCGCCACCGUCCUCCAACUUGCACCAGCAUCUCGGUGAGCUCCUGCAGAGUGAGACGGGAGCCGAUGUCACCUUUCUUGUGGGCGACGAGUCUUUUGCUGCUCAUAAGAACAUACUUGCCGCGAGGUCUCCGGUUUUCAACGCCCAGUUCUUCGGAGACAUGAAGGAGAGGUGUUCGGCACGCGUGGAGAUCGAGGACAUGGAGGUGGCCGCAUUCAGGGCCAUGCUGCACUUCAUCUACACCGACACGGUGCCCGAGCUUGAUCACCCGCUCCAGGAGGCGACAACAAUGGCUCAGCAUUUGCUUGCAGCCUCAGACAGGUACCAACUCGAUAGGCUCAAGCUGAUUUGCGAAAUAAAGCUCUCAGGCGGCAUCACCGUCGACACCGCAGCGACAACUCUUGCCUUGGCAGAGCAGCACAAUUGCCUGAAGCUCAAGGCCAAAUGUAUCAAGUUCAUUGUCAGCACUCCCGUGGUUCUUGGUGAUGUGUUGGCGACCGAGGGGUAUAAGCACCUCGAGGCAAGCUGCCCUUUGGUGUUGACCGAGCUUCUCAAGUCUGUCCAUGUGACGAGGUAGCCAUAGUGCUAAACUGCUAAUGGUCAAAUAUUUCACGACCUGUAGUCUCUGUUUGAGCUUGCAUCCUUGUGUAGUCUAGUACUCCCUCCGUCCUAAUAUAAGUGUCGUUGAUUUAGUACAACUAGUCGCCAACCCGUGCAUUCGCACGGGCUAGUAUAUUGAGAAUGUCAGAUGAAAUAUCUCUUUCUUUUGCGAUAUAGCUUCCUUUGUUUCUGCUCUAAUGAUGUUAGAUGACUACCAUUAGAUUCUAGUAUCGCAAGUUGGGAGCUUGGUUUACUUAGGUAGCAACCAUUUCCUGUGUAUUUGUUUUAUUUUCACAUUUCGAAUGUUUUGUCACCUAAUAUAUUACUAUAUUAUAUUUCAAUGUCAUUAUAUAAUAGGUAGAAUAACGGGUAUAUUCUUAAUUCCUGGUAUUGUUGUAACAGUUAGCUCUUCUUGUUUUGAUUUGUUCCACUAAGUUUGACGCAUGUUGCUCAAUAGGGGCGCUCAAUAUUUAAUUGUUUUAGACAUUUAGAUAUAACCCAAACAUCUACUACAGAUUAAUUGGCAUUUUUGUAAUAAAAAACAAAGUAUAUAUGAAGUACAAAUCUGAUGUGCAUGUACAUUUUUUUGAAAUCCUAAAUGUCGCUAAAUAUUUAUCAAUGCGUUACUUGUUUUUUAGUCCUUGAUGCACCAUGUUUUGGAAUGUCUCAGGUCGUCGAUUGCUUAUCAGCCCCAUUACCCAAUGUCCUCAGUUUGGAAUCUUUAUGACUUUGAGAACCUUCCAGUCUUUGAUUUGCGGUCUGCUUCAUCAUUGUUCGCCAUUCCAUGAAUUUUGAUUCAUUCGUUUCCUGUCAUCCCUCAAUUUUUGAUUCUUCAUCAAGAUGCAUAACACGACUUGUGCUCCUUGUCCCAAUUUUUUUAUGUUGGUUUACAAUAUCUUCAUCACCAAUCAGCACUUGCUUCGAAGUUUUCAAAGUAGGUGACCUUUUUCGCUU